AACAACCCAAUCUCUCUCUCUCUCUCUCUCUCUCUCUCAAGACUAGAGGGACAUCAGUCAAUCACAAGCAAGAAAAUAAGAAUAGAAGAUCCCCCCGCACUACCAAUGGUGCAUCGAUGAUCACAGGACUUUGUAGCUAAACAAAUCCACAAGGGUCUUAUAAUUUUCUUUUCUCUUUUUUUUUUAAUAAUUCUUUCCCUUUCUAAAUUUUUAUUUAUGUAUAGAUUUUUUUUUUGAAUUUCUUUCUGUUGACUGACUUCAAGAACAAGGAAAUAUGAGGUGCAAAACAAAAUGGGUUUGGAUCAAAUUGUGAAAACUAUUGGUCUCUGAAGAAGAAGAAGAAGAAGAAGAAGAAAGAAAGAAUUUUGCUUAAGAAGAAGAAAGAAAGAAUUUUGCUUUGAAGUGUUCAAAACCCAGAUGGUGUUGAUGGAGUCACAGAGCAAUAACCAAGAAAACAUCAAGAGUAGCAGUAAAGAUCACCAUGGCCAAAAACAAGAAUCAGCAGCUUCACUGCAAUUAGUCUCUCUUGAAAACCAAUCAUCACAACUUCAACAGCAUGGGUCUACUGCUGCUACCGCCACCAUUACUAGUACUGCUCAGGGCCCAUUCAUGGGCUCCAUCUCCAACCAAAUUACUGUCCACCCUUCAACCUCCAACUCCAAUUCUGCUGCCCUCACCAAACCCACCACCAAAAGACCCUCCAAGGACCGCCACACCAAGGUGGAUGGCCGUGGACGCCGCAUCCGCAUGCCGGCCUUAUGUGCUGCGAGAGUCUUUCAGCUUACCAGAGAAUUAGGCCAUAAAUCUGAUGGAGAAACAAUUGAAUGGCUCUUACAACAAGCAGAACCAGCAAUAAUUGCAGCUACUGGAACUGGUACAAUUCCUGCCAAUUUCUCAACACUAAAUGUGUCCUUACGUAGCAGUGGCACUACCAUUUCAGCGCCGGCAUCAAAAUCAGCUCCUCUUUCUUUUCAUAGCGGUCUAGCUUUCUAUGAUGCUAAUAACAAUAAUGGAGGUGAAAAUCGAAGAGUUAUUGGUUCCAACACUACAAUGUUAGGAUUUCACCACCAGCUCUAUCCUCAAACUCUCGUUUCCGAUGAGAAUUACAUGAGAAUAAAGACCUACAGAGAAGAUCUUUUCAAAGAAACAACAGCAGCAUCAACAACCCAACAAGAAUCCACUGAACCAGUUAACCCAACUUCUAAUAAUAAGCCACCAAUAGCUGCUGCAAGAACUGGAGUUCAAGAUCAUUUUCAUCAAGAGCUGGGUUCCAUUAGACCAUCAAACAUUCUUGCAACUCCAGCUAUGUGGGCAGUUGCGCCGGCCGCUACAAAUGGAAGCAAUGCAUUCUGGAUGUUACCAGUAGGUGGCACCACCACCACCACAGCCGCCAUGCCAGAGCCCCAGAUGUGGACUUUUCCUGCAGCUGGAGUAACACCUAUGCAGAGAGUAAAUUUCAGUGGAGGUGGCCGGGUAAGCCCGGUUCAACUAGGGUCCAUGAUGGUUCAGCAGCAGCUGGGGUUAGGAGUUGCAGAGAGCAAUAUGGGGAUACUGGGUGGUGGUGCUGAUGCUUAUAACAGUAGUAGGGUUGGAUUAGGGAUGAACAUAGAGCAACACAAUCAAGAAAACCAGCAACAAGGUAGUGAUAGUGGAGAUGAAAACCCUACUGAUUCUCAAUAAGCUGUAAUUUAAAACAAGAUUUUAGUCUGAAAAUUCUCUGCUUUCUUUUGCGAUUGUUCUUUUUUUUUUUUCUUGAUUUGGUAGCUAGGCUUCUUUUUUAUUUUUGAGCCAAGAUUUAAUUGGGUUUCUCCUUUUCACUUCUCUUUGUAAUUGUAGAGUUUGUUUUUGUUUUUUUCCAAGCAGCCAUUGUUGAAUGCUAGCCAUGUUUGUUCAGAAAAAGAAAUGGAAUAUCUUUGCAUA